UAUUGCCGGAUAGAAUACAAGACCCGACAAAAAGGAGCGACAAAAAUUUCGCUAUCGAGUAUUACAAUCCGGUUGGCUGAAAUUAAAAAAAAAUCUGGUGGAAAAAAAAUCACUUUGGAUUUUUUGUGGGGAUUUUGUGAUGUGAUUUCUGUGCCAGGAGCUGAGAGAAGAGACUGAAGAAUUUUUAGGAGGAGGAUGAGCUAGAGCCGGGAGGAAAGGAACAACAGGUGUGACCAGCAAAAGAAUCAAGCCAAUGAUCGGUCAUCGAUAGCGAACGCAGCAGACGAAGGAAGCACCAACAAGUGCCUCAGCUAUGUUUGCCAAAUUCAAGCCAGGCCAACCUUCCGAUACCAACCCUAUCACCCAGUACUAUGAGAUCGGGCGACAGAUCGGGAGUGCGGGCCCUGAGCUGGUCUGGAAAAUAUACGAGGCUGUUAGAAAAUCGGAUAAAAGAGAAGCCGCUGUCUUCUGUUUCGAAAAGAGGUCUGCCGAGAAGCUUCAUAAACCGAAGAGACGAGAAACAAUCACUGAGAUCCUCAGAUUCAGCGUCCGACAGCUGGAUCGAUUCAAACAUCCCAAAAUGCUCACCCUUUACCAUCCCAUCGAGGAAUCCAGUGAAACCUUAGCCUUUGCAACGGAGCCGGUUUUGGCAAGUUUGGCUAAUAUCCUGGGAUAUUUGGAAGACAGAUUACCACAGAAUCUUCCAAAUUCAGUGCGGGAUUAUAAAUUCUUGGACAUUGAAAUCAAGUAUGGUCUGUUACAGGUUACAGAGGCACUGACAUUUUUUCACUACUCGUGCAAGCUCAUUCACCGGAAUUUGUGUCCACAAUCCGUGAUUGUCAACAAGCGUGGGACAUGGAAACUGGCCGGACUGGAGUUUGCAGAGAGAUGUAAUGAAUCAGACUUAAUGAGUCCAGUGCCUUGUCAACCGUUCACCUCCAAACUACCCAAGAUGGGACAGCCGGACCUUGAUUUCACGGCCCCAGAAGUACAAGCCACUUCCAGCUGCUCCCCCCUCAGCGAUAUGUUCUCCCUGGGCAUGCUCAUCUGUGCCAUCUUCAACAAUGGACGCCCGCUCAUCGACGCCAACCACUCUACCGCCAAUUACAACAAGCAACUCGAGCUGCUUGUACUUUUGCAGUACAUGAAGAUUUCUGGAGAGAAUCAAGCAGACAAUCGCUAUCGCUCGUGCGCCAUGUUUGAGCUAGAAAACGAAAUACAGCAACUGAUGGAUAAGGUGCCUCACCAUCUGCAAGAGCCCCUACAAAGCUUAUUGCAGACGGAUCCUUGGAGACGACCCAAUGCACAAAAUUUCUCAAUGAUCAAAUACUUCAGCGAUCCAUCUGUCCACGCUUUGCAAUACCUGGACGUCAUCCAAAUGAAAGAUACGACUCACAAAUCGCAUUUCUACCACAGCCUCAAAGCAUCCUUGCCUGGCAUUCCGAAGAAACUGUGGUACAUGCAUGUGCUGCCAUCGCUGAAUUCAGAGCUCCAAACUCCGGAAGUGCUCGCUGCUGCUCUACAACCUCUUCUUUAUAUGAUCGAAGAAUCCACAACAGAAGAGUAUACGGAACUCAUCCUGCCUGUGUUCCGAGCGGUGUUCGCCAUGCCGAAGAGCGUACAGGCAACAGUGACUUUACUUGAAAAUAUGGAUAUUAUCAUGAGAAAAACUCCUAAAAGCGAUCUCAAAUCUGAAGUUCUACCCAUGCUGUACAACGCAUUUGAUUCAACCACACCACAAAUUCAGUGUGCUGCUCUGCAUGCGGUUGCUCAGACAGCUGACUAUUUAGAAGAAACUGCUGUUCGCAAAAUGGUGCUUCCCAGGACCAAACAAGUUUUUGAAAACAAUAAUGGACUCAAGGUUCAAGCCAAUGCAUUGACUUGCAUCGAGAAGAUCAUAGACAAAUUAGAAAAAACAGAUAUCCUCGACGAAGUAAUGCCCAUGCUCAGCAAAGCUAAAAUAAAUGACCCGGCAAUUUUGAUGCCGGUUGUAAGAAUCUACAAAUUCAUGCUGAGCGAUAAAAAAUAUGGACUAACUGUCAACUUAAUCGCCACAAAGGUAUUGCCAUCUCUGAUUCCAGUGCUUGUCAGCCCAGGACUCAGACUGGAUCAAUUUCAAGCCUUAGUGGAGCUGUUGAAGGAGAUGUUGGAUAACGUUGCAAGGAGUCAAAGGAACAAAUUAAAACUCGAAAAACUUUCCAUACCUCAAACAGACAACAUGCUUCCCGUACAGUACUCCAUGGAACAAACUACUGGUUAUCCUCAUCGUCCUCCACUGCUCCGACUGCAAUCACGUAGGACGUCAGUCAGCAUGGACGAUGUAGUAAGAAGGACUAGCUCUGCCUCUUCUUCGCCGGACUCGAACUUGCUGACUGUCCAAGGCAAUUUACCUGGGCGUCGUCACUCGGACAAUACUAUCCAGCCUCCACGAAUACUCGUGGCUCCGGCUAGUCCGGAUGGGAAUCUCAAACGUGGAUCCAGUGCUGGAAUGCUUCCCAUUAGGAGACACUCUGGUGGUCAAGACAAUCGUUUUAAUAGCUGGACACCCAGGGUUGUCACCCCUAACUUCAACAUUGAGUUUUUCACUCCUACUCGUCCUGGAGCUCGCCGCUACUCCGCUGCCGCUGUUUGCGCUACGGACCUGCAGAGGAAUGCGGCUCAGAUGCCAGGGGCCAACCAACAGGCUUCAGGCAUCUUGCAGCAGAUAGGAACCGGAAUGCAACAACUCUUUUCUGGGAAGCAGCCAUAGAACUACCGUAUCAAAUCGACGAAACGAUACCAGCGCGCCACAACACCCACUAUUCAAAAAGAGCAAUUCAACAAGUAGUCAUUCAGAUCCCCGAAGGAUAUGUUGAAACCCCAUCUUCACCUAACUUCAUACAAGAUAAAAGAAUUCGAAAACUACUCUCACCUUUUUUUUCUUGCAAGACGUGGAUCUUGCGUGCGACAAUCUGUACAAAAGCUUGAGGAACAUCCGAAUGGUUUAUAGGAAUCUCG